GCAUAGGCAGCGCGAGCCGGGGAGUCGCGAGACGGAGGUGCGGUCGUUGGUUUGCUGCAGCUGGGCAGAGAGGGUCUCGCGGACGGCAGCUCUAUCUGGAGGCGGGAAAGCCAAGACUAUAUAAAGAGCUCCCUCUCUCCCGCUGUCCCCCAUGUUGCUGCAAGAGACCGGUGCCGGAGACCGCCUGACGAGGGCCGCAGCUCAGGGAGACGUCCCGGAGGUGAAGAGGCUCCUUCAUCAGGACCGGAUCCACCCGGAUUGUCUGAACUGCUUCGGAAAGACUGCCCUACAGGUCAUGAUGUUCGGCAGCACGCCGGUGGCAGCUGAGCUCCUGAAACAGGGCGCCUCGCCCAAUAUUCAGGACUCGUACGGCACGACGCCGGCUCACGACGCGGCUCGAUCCGGCUUCUUGGACACCCUCCAGGUCUUGGUUCAGUAUGGCGCUGACCUCAAUAUUCCUGAUGCCUCUGGUUCCCUUCCUAUUCACCUAGCAGUCCGCGAGGGCCACGUCCCCGUCAUCGCUUACCUCGCUUCGCGCUCCAACCUGGCACAUUCGGACCGGGAGGGGCACACUCCCCCGCAGUUGGCCGCCAUCUUGGAUCCUCGCCUGGCAGCCCUCUUGGAACUAAGUACGUAGAGACCCAAAGUCUUGGUAAUGCGUCAGAGGAACAAUUGGUACGGUACGCUGUACCGCGACCUGAAGCAGUGCUUAUCUCUGUAUUAAGCAGUGCUUAUCUCUGUAUUGUGCAAUGUGUCCGUUUUCGAGGUGCAUUUUGUUUGCCACGUCGGGCCGGUACUGCGGCUUGUAUUAUAGGGAAUUCCGUUUUAGAAGUGGGCUUUAAGUGGGGCCGGGGUAGCUUGCACCCGACAGAACUUACCCCCCAGACAAACUGAGGGCUGAAAGCAAUGGGUCGUGGGCCGUUGCUGUGUGUA